AUGGGGUCGGUUGAAGUGCAUCGCGCUGUUCUUCGAGUCAAUCAGUCGCAGGUCAGACGUGAUCUCGAUCCGUGGCAUGAUGCGGCCAUUCUGUCUGAUGACGGUCCAAGACGCUCAUCACAGGAUGAGGUUAUUGCUGCUACGAGCAUGAAAUCUGUUACCAUCGCUUACUUCAGGGAAGAGCGAUUUCGUCUCGUUGCGAGUGAACCUGUGUUGUUUGGUGAGUGGUACUUCAAGAAUUUUCAAUCUUCGAUUGGUUGUGCUUGGAAGACGGUCUUAGCGGCUGAUGAUCGAGGAUACUUUGUCACCAUCACGCAUACUUCUCAUGUUUUGGCUGUCUCAGUGCAGACAAGGAACGAGAACAUAGAGAAUUGUCGUUUCUCGCGAACCUUCCUGAAGGACCCUUGGAUCGUCUUGAGCAUUGCUUGCUCUUCCUUCAACAGAGGAGUAUUCGCUGCUGUGCAGUUUGUACUAUCUGGAAGUGCGUACGAACACAUCUCACGAUGCGGCUGCCCUGCGGCCAACGAUCAAGAAUGUGAGAGUUCUGACAAUUCCCUACUGGAGUUUGAGUAUUGCAAUGUCUACAUGGGGAUUUAUGGAAAGACAGUACCUUUGGUUCAUCGUCAUCCGGAUGCAGUUGUGUGGAACAAGGGUGAUCAUGACCAUGUGUUUUUCUUGACGAUGUCGCAACUCUUUCCAUGUCGAAAAGACAAGAAGGCAGACAGUUGGUCCAUGAUUGUGUUUUGGAACGAAUCAAAAGGAUAUUAUGACGAUCCUCACGCGGUGGAUGAUGAGGUUUGCCAGCACCUGAAGUCCAACAGCGGCGCGCAGGUGCCGGUACCGGGCAGGGAGUCGGACCUGAAAAGGCCCUAUGAUCCGAGCGAUGGUGGAGGACCUCCUCCAGGAGGCGGUCCACAGGGACUGGGACUUGGGCCUUCACCUGACGAGCAGCCGCUGCCUAUGGAGUACACUGAUGAGCCACCUCCUGACGGAGGUCUUAAGUCCGCCAAUGCUGUGGCCUGCGCCAGCCAUUCCUAUCAUUCCAGUUCCGAUUCCGCCGCUAAGUCGCGGAUGGUGCAUCCAUCCGGUCCUCCGUUGGUGUUGCUACCUGGACAGUCGGCAGGAAAGCAGUAUCCCGAUCCGCCGGGGAGAAUAUCUCAGCAAACACCCAUCCCAGAAUUCACCCCGGAACCUCCUGUGCAGGAUGCUGCCGGCGAGUCGGAUUCUGACGCGACCGUUGACUAUCGUGACGAUAGCUUGCUUGCUGUUGGUGACGAAGAUGUUCUGAUCCGUUUGCCUAUUUUUUCGGUGCCUUCGUUUGUGCCGUUGGAUGGUGACGGCUUUGCGUCUUUGUUGACCAAGCAGGAUAAAAUCAAGGCAGGUACAUUUACGCUUGAAAUGCAGCGUAAGUACGCGAAGGAAAUUCGCGCGGCUAAGUUGGAAGAACUCAAGAGUUAUUUGGACAAUGAUGCUAGCUUGGACGUGACGUCAGUUUUCUGA